UUAGUUUAUACAAUUUAAUUUGUUUUGUAAUAUAUGCUUUAUGUUUUCAUUGAGGGAUUGGCCAUUGCCACUCUCUUCUUUUUUGUACAUACCUGAUCUCAGAUAGUGGGGCUGAUGGCAAGAAAGAAAGCUGCAGUAAUCAUGAAGAAACUUCUGUGCUCUAAUAAUCCUUCCUCGUACAACAUGACAAUCAUCCUCCCCGUAUCAUCCUUCUUUCAACUAUUACUUCCUCUUCAAAUUUCCUCCUUUGCCACUCAGGCUUCCUUCAUAGACUCCGAGAGUUCGGAAGGAGAGGAUAGAGACCUCAUGUCUUGUAUCAUUCAGGACAAAGAUCUACUCCGUCACAGUAAAAAAUUGGGAACCGGGCUCCAUGUUCUCGACAUCAUUGACCGAGGUUCAAUGGAACCAGACCCCAUGUUGUACAAUAAACUGUUUAAGAAAUGCACCCAACUGGGGAGGCUGAAAGAAGGAAGAAUCGUCCAUGCCCACUUUCUUAAUUCCAAGUUCAAGUCUGACCUUUUUAUCCAAAAUACCAUCCUCAAUAUGUAUGCCAAAUGUGGUAGUUUAGAUGAAGCCCAGAAAACAUUUGAUGAUAUGCCUCUUAAAGACAUGGUCACAUGGACGGCUUUGAUUACUGGGUACUCUCAGAAUGAUAAAGCCCAAGAGGCUCUUAAGCUGUUCCCUCAGAUGCUUGAGCUUGGAUUGAAACCGAAUCAAUUCACCUUCUCCAGCCUCUUGAAGGCUUGUGGGGCGGCACCAACUGAUUAUAGUGGCAAGAAGAUCCAUUCGUUUUGCGUCAAGUACGGCUAUGAAUUGAAUGUUUAUGUGGCAAGCUCUCUUUUGGACAUGUAUGCGAGGUGUGGAAUGAUGGGGAAUGCUUUAAUGGUUUUUGAUGGGAUGAUAAGCAAGAACGAGGUCUCUUGGAAUGCUUUGAUUGCUUGCCAUGCUAGGAAGGGUGAAGGAGAAGAUGCUAUUAGAUUGUUUUGGAAGAUGCAGAGGGAAGAUUUUCGACCUACCCAUUUCACCUAUUCCAGCCUUUUCAGUGCUUGUGCCAGCAAUGGAGCUCUAGAGCAAGGCAAAUGGGUACAUGCCCAUAUGAUAAAGUCGGGUAGUAAGCUUAUUGCAUUUGUUGGUAAUACUCUUCUUGACAUGUAUGCAAAAGCUGGUAGUAUUGAGGAUGCGAGGAAGGUCUUUGGUAGGUUGGAAAGCAGAGAUGUUGUUUCCUGGAAUUCUAUGCUUACUGGGUGUGCUCAACAUGGCUUUGGGAGGGAAACUGUUAGCCGGUUUGAGGAAAUGCUUAGAUUUGGUGUUAAACCCAACGAGAUAACCUUUCUAUGUGUUCUUACUGGUUGCAGCCAUGGUGGGCUGUUGAACGAAGGACUGUACUAUUUUGAAUUGAUGAAAAAGUACAUGGUAGAACCACAGGUUGAACAUUAUGUGACAAUUGUCGAUCUUCUUGGUCGAGCAGGGCUUCUUGAUAAAGCUGAAAAGUUCAUAAGGGAGAUGCCAAUUGAACCCACAGCAGCUGUCUGGGGAGCUUUGCUUGGUGCUUGUCGGAUGCAUCGGAAUAUGGAAUUGGGUGCUUUUGCCGCUGAACGUGUUUUUGAGCUUGACCCCCAUGAUUCAGGCCCCCAUGUGUUGCUGUCAAACAUUUAUGCCUCUGCUGGUAGAUGGAGUGAUGCAGCAAAAGUGAGGAAGAUGAUGAAAGAGAGUGGGGUGAAGAAGGAACCUGCUUGUAGUUGGGUGGAGAUCGAGAAUGCAGUUCACAUGUUUGUUGCUAAUGAUGAUGCUCAUCCCCAAAGAGAGGAGAUACGUAAGAUGUGGGAGAAGAUUAGCAGCAAAAUCAGGGAAGUUGGGUAUGUCCCAGAUACAAGUCAUGUGCUAUUGUUUGUGGACCAGCAGGAGAGGGAAGCAAAGCUGCAGUACCACAGCGAGAAGCUCGCUUUGGCUUUUGCACUUCUCAAUACACCUCCUGGCUCAACCAUUAGGAUUAAAAAGAAUAUCAGGAUGUGUGGUGAUUGCCACUCAGCAAUCAAGUUUGCGUCCAAGGUGAUGGAGAGGGAGAUCAUUGUGAGAGACACCAACAGGUUUCAUCAUUUCAGCGAUGGUUCUUGUUCAUGUGGGGAUUACUGGUAAUUCCUUAAAAAGGAAAGAUUUGAGUGGAGUGAUGGCUUGGAAGACAGAUGGUUGUCCAUGUCUCAUCUGUCCUAAUUUUGGGUUCUCAUGACAAUAAUCCAAUUUUGCGUACAGUUGUAUAUUUUUCAGUUUUGCCCAAGCACUGUACUACAAGUCUACAACUGAUCUAUGAUGAGAAAAAGUACAACUGUUCAUGGGGUCCCCAUCUGAAAAGGGAAAAGUUUUUUUCCCCCUGGACGAGAUGAGGCUAUUAGAAGAGAGUAAUGCAUGAUGGCAGCUGUAAAUCUGAGAAUCUACAACAAUGUGAUGUUACAACUAUCUUAUGUCAACCAUACAUAUGCCAGCCAUUAGGUGAGUCUCGCAAAAACCUCCUAUCAUGAAUGUUCCAAUCCUGAUAGGAUAGUCUUGUGUGUACAACCUGAAGCCAUGAAUUUGUAUCUUAGCAGGAUGUACAACUGAUAACAUCAUGUAUAAGAUACUGUAAAGAUUUGCAUGAUGCACUUCUUUGAUAAGUGACCUCGCUUGUUGUGUUGAUUUGUUAAUUAUUUUGCUGAAUUAACAUUUUGAUGUGGUCUACUGAGAAUCACUUAAAGCCUAGACAGAUGGUUGACGAAGAUUGUUAAAAUACAUUUUAGUGCUUAUGUUAGUUGUCCUUGCAGAUAGGAAUUUCCAUGAUAGUGAAUGAUCCCAUACUUCUGAUGCUAGUACUAGCUGAUUAGAUCAAUCUUCCAUGAGGUUGGAACAGGGAGCUAUGGCACUGUAACACAUUUAUAUUACUGACGUUGAAACCUUUUGAUUGUGUGGUAUUU